AAAUCUCGAUAUCGUGCUCGUGUGAUUGCUUGGUCCUCAGAUGAUCAACGGUAUGCCUCGGAUUUAUUCUAACAGCAGCUGACUCAUCGUCGGUGCUUGCCGUCGUCGUGGCAGAAAAGCCGUCGGCCCGCCUAGCAACAAGUAGCAGCAGACAGCCAGCUUGCCUAGCUCGUCGUCUCGUGGCCGCUGCAACACCCGGACGGCCUCGCAUCCUGCAGCGCGGCCAGGUCCGUCCAGCGGCACACCUCCAUGGAGAGAGAGAGAGAGAGAGAGAGAGAGAGACGUGAGGGAUUGGGGAAAGCAGCGCCAAGGUCAUGUGUGUGUGUAAAGAUAACGCGAAGUGGUUUCCAGACUUGGCCUGCAGGGCCCAUAGGACGCGUGAAAGACGGCGGAUGUGUAGCUGUUUUUCGGCCGGCUGAUUCACAGCGUUUCCCAUAUAAUAAAGCACCAGAAAGUUGUAACACCUGAAACCAGAAAAACAUUGCCAAAGUCAUAUAUGCAUCAGCAUCGAUCUGUGCAUGUUAUGGUAUAGAUGGUCUGCUUAGGACUAGGUAUGGUAGUUUGCUGGCAUUAUAUAUCUACUAGUAAAGUAUAUUCCGGAUCGGAUGGGAACAUGUCUCAUCGAAUAAACGGGGGCCGUAAGAAAACGUUGUAAAAGAAGAGGGAGGCCCGGCGGAAACGAACCAAGUAAACCCUAAAACUAAACUUCACUCGAAUCGAAGAGGGAUGGAGAGUGGCGGCAGCCCCUCGCGCACAACCGGCGGCGCGGUCACCCCGACGAGCGGCUGGAUGGGAGCGACGGCGGAGAGCGGUAGCUCCUCCACGCGCACAGCCGAUCGCACGGUGAUCCGGAUGGGCCCCGUGCCGCCCCUUCCCGUCGUGCCUUCGCGGAAGAGAAUCUUGGACCGCUCCCACCGCCCCGACGGCGGCGUGACAAUCAAGCCGCUCCUGGCGGACAGCAAGCAUCGUGAUGGAUCCAUCCUGCGUGAAUCAUGUUCGUGGCAUAAAAUGUAUCGUAUGAACAUCACGGACGAGACUUCUGUGGAGCCAAUGAUGAUGUCAAAGAAACCCAACUGCCAGCCGUACUCGCGGGACUGUCAGAUGCAUGGAUAUUGUAAUAUGAUGCAGAUAUACUGGCUGAAGCUAGCAUAUAUUUCUGUUGAUUCCUUCUAUGGCCCAGUUCAGGUGUAUGGAUUCUUGGCUGCCCGAGACAUCCUGAACCCAAGGCGUAAUUACCUGUUCAACCGCGGCAGAGAUGAUCCAUUGGAAAUAGUUCAGGAUGAUGAUUGGUUGAACAAAUGUCUGGCCCCAAGAGAGGCAUUGAAAUGACAUCUCCUGUGCUGGUUGAGUUCGACAUGAGGAUCAAGAUUGGAGAAAGAGAAGAAGAUGACCUACAGCUCAUUGACGGGGCCGUCAGCUUCAGCGACAUGGACCCGCCGAUCAACAUGGCCUUCACACGACGGCUCUGUGGUGAGGGCGGGGCGGUGGACAUAAAUCUAGCACAUAUGUAUGAAGCAGCAGAGGCCACAAUACAGGUUCGGAUAUCAGAAGCAUGCGACAGUGGCUUGAGCUUGUGCCUGACGGCUUCUGGCAGCGCAUUACAACAUCAGGCCCGUCUCUUCGAUGGCAUUGUGGGCGAAACACCAUGUGACCUAGGCAAGUUUGUGUUCGCUGUGAUGAGCCUCACCAAAUUGGUUGUAUUAUUGAAGGUUGGCCGCGGCGGUGGCUCGGAUUGUGUUUAUCGUUCUCAUCUCUUUGAUGUUCAGAAGCAUGGAGAUUCGACCGUGAGUUUCAAGAUUCCCGACAUGGUCACUAUAGAGGUGAAGGUGACUUGGUCAACUUUGGACAUCCCUGACAGUGCACUAGAAGAAGACAAUCGCUACAACUAGAGGAAGGAACUUAGAAGUGAUGAUGAUGACGACGACUAUGAGUAUGAUUGGAAUGAUUAUUAGCCAACAGUUUUGUGUCCUGGCUAUAUGUAUAAACUUGCUCUCUUUAUGGCUAGAUUUCUUGUUGGGCACUUUGGAAAUGUCGGGAUGUUGUUGUUGUGUAUGUGGAAUUAUCUCUGUGUGUUGUCUUGUA